GAGUGUUUGGAGUUUAAGCUACGCUUCACCUGGGGACGGAGUAGACCUAUAGCAACUUUGGAUGCGAGCUUCUUUGUUCUUUGUAAGAAAGUUGUCAGAUUUAUCUGAGUUGUGAUAGUUUGGGUUCUGACUUAUUAUGAUUGCUGUGCAGAAUUUACCGUCUAACAUGACUCUGGAUUUGUAUAGAUCUAUAGUAGAAGCGGAGGAAGCAGAGUGGGAAGUAGCAUGUUCAGCUCUGGCCCAGAGGCUAGGUGAGGAGUUGAGGGCUGCCAAGUCUGCACAGUUAUCCUGUGGUGAGGUGUUGCUGCCACGAGAGUUGCUGGCUACAGUCGCCAGCCAGAUACUGGCCCAGUCUGUCUGCGAGCCCUGUGGUCUUAGGGGCUGUACCCUGGACAUCCAGCUAGAGACUGAGGAAGGCAGUCAGGUGAAGAUCAGCAGCAUCAAGUGGGACCCUCAGAUGAGCUCCACCUUCCUGCUGAGUCUAACGCUGAGACAAGACACAACACACAAGUGGCGAUUUUCCCAGCUGCUGAAGACUUUGACCAAGGGUCGCACUCUGGUCAUCAGCAACAACUUCCUCCUACACAAGACAAGGCUCUACCGGUCCCUCUCUAACACCCAGUGAGUAAUCAUGUCAGAUUUGACUAUUGAUACAUCAAAGUAGACAUCCCAAAGGCAUUUUCAAGCUAUAACCAGUUUUAAAGCAAAAGAAAACAUAAUGGAAUUCAACCUCCAACAAUGCUGUUGUCAGAUAAGUUUUUCUAACCUUCCAUCUUUUACUCAAACCCAAUUGAAAGGAUAACUAAAAUAUUUGUUGUGCCACCAAGACAGAAAACAGCGAUUUGACUACAGCUCAUUCUGUAAUAGUCUCAUCCACUUCAGUUAUAGUUUUUCAAUUAGGUAACUAGCCGCAGGUAGUCCAAACAGAUGGGAUAUUGUCUACAUCAGUACCAUAGUCAGUGUUCCCUGAGAGUAAAGUCUGAUAGUUACUUAGUUUUAAGUUUAGAAAUAGUCUUAUAAUUAUUUGAGAUCAGUAAAAUAUUGUAGUUUAAAAUAACAUGGAACAAUCUUAAUUAAAUUUACAUUUGGUUGAAGAUCGAAUAAAAAAUCUUCUCCAAAUAGAAGGUUGUACAGGUUGAUUAAUUUUAUUUUCAUCAUUCUGUCCGGAAAGUAGCCGUCAUUAGUUCUUUAAAUCGCCAGAAAAAUCA